AUGGGAGAUGCUUCCAUUCUACCCGUUCCUCCAUCUUCUUCCCAUUGGUCACCCCCUCCCAUGGGUAUUGUUAAAUGUAAUGUGAAUGCAUCGUUUUCCCUGUCGAAUCAGGUUGGUGGUGGAGGGGCUGUUUUCCGGAACUCUCAGGGUCAAAUUCUGCAGUCAGUGUGUUAUGAUCAGGUUUGGUUUGAAUGUGAUUCGUUGCUGGUGGUGCAGGCAAUAAAUGGUGUGGAUGGUGGUUCGGUGGAAAUUCAUGCUCUUUCUUUUGAUGUGCAAGUGCUUUUGGAGCAGUUCUCUUUUUCUUGCCUUAGUCAUGUCCGUCAGCAUAGCAACGAAGUCGCUCAUGCGCUUGCCAAGCUCUCUCGGCCUCAUAUUACGAGUGAUAUUGCUCUUGUUCAUACUCCUGGCGAUAUUCUAGAUUUGGCAGCAAAAGAUUAUUUGUGUUAA